AUCCUCUACUCGCGAAUUUCCCCUCUGCUCUUUGUUUCUCCCCCUCCUCUCGUAUCGUUCUCCAUCUCGGCCGUAAGCGUCUGCGUUCGUCCCUGUUACUCUCUGCGCGUCGAUCUCGGUCCGAUUCGCGCGUCUCUGGCCUAUCUCGCUUUCGCUCCUGCCAACCCCUCUCGUUCGCCUGGUUCUCACCCCUACGUCGCUCUUUCCUAGCGGCCCUGCAAAAACAAGCAUACGCCGAUCCCCAGUAGCACCCUGGUACACAGACCAGGCUAGAACGUCACACCGGGUGGCUCUGGUACCAGGUGUAACGUGGCUCUUGUCGUCGUUCGCGACGUCACACACGGACGUCGUGUCACGUGCUACCUGCGCGUGACGCGGUACGUCACGACCUGACCUCCAAUUUCGUCAUCGUCGAGCAACCUGGAAAUCGGUCGUUGCGCAUCGCCCGAGGAUUUCGAGGUUACGAUCGGUGCUCCGAGCGGCAAGAUGCCUUCGAGGCGCAGGACAUCCUCGCCUGAUCGCAGUGUCCAGUGCACGACACGGAUGACAAACGAUUACAAGUGAGCUGAACGUUCGGCAUGCCCAGUGAUUCGUGACUAGCGCGAGAACGAACAUCUGAUAAUCGAAUUUGCUCGAAUCGGAGAGACAACGUCACGAAUUUGUGCGUCGAAUUAAGGUACGAGUGCCGGGGGUAGUUUUAAUUCGAGCGCGUUGCUGAAAUGACCGAUAGUUGAAAGUUCGAGGUGUUUGGAGAUAAAACGAGUCUGCUCCGCGGCUACAAGAGAGUAAUUAAUUUUAAAACAUCCGAAUGGUAGAACUGUGCGUCGAUACCGAAGAUAUCGACUGUUUCCAAUCUCGUCGACUCAGCUGUUCCGAACUAUAUAUUUAUUUCAAGUUAUUCCAAUCGAACGACGUCUUCAAAAACAUGUAAUAUUCUCACGAAAGAUAACGAACGAAUGAAAGCAAACGUCUAAGGUAAAUCUUCUGUUAUAUUCUACAAAUCGUCGUUUGCUUCUUACACGUGGUCGAAAGGUCACGGUUUUUGGAAUUACUCGAUUUUUGGAAUAUUAUUCGAACGUGUCGAGGCGUUGACGAAAGGACCAAUGAAAAACCAAGCGUAACCACGGACGUGUAACCGAAAUAAGAAGUGAGCUGGUCACGUAGUCGGCGGUAGGUGGACAUCGUCGGUGACGCAUUUCGAGGAGACGCUUGUCUUGUCGUCUGGUGUGCAUGUGCGUACCGUCGCGACUUGUUUACUAGAAUCAGUGGUGACUGGAAAUAACGGAGUUUGUCGCGUUUUCGAAAGUGGAUCGAGACGAACCGCAUUCGAGACGACGGAUUAUUUCAACAGGGAGGAUUGGAUGCGAUGACCAAGUUUGAGAGUCGCACCUGACGGAUUCCGUUUCAUCCCUUACAGGAGCAACUAGAGGAAACUCGACAAGACGGAGGACACGCAAAAAGAACAUGUUGGUGGUCUACUUUGAUGUGCUGCGGAAAACUUCGGGCUGAGACUCGAGUCGCGCAGAUCCUGAAAGGACACUUAAUUCCCAACGAAGACGAAAGCGCCAAAGAGAGCGAAGGGAAAUCCCACGGAUUAUUUCUCAUGUCUGGCACGUCUAACGGCACGGGAUGAACAUUUAGAAAGCUUUAUGAAUCGCGCUCGAGGCCGACGAAGGAAGAAAUAGCUGCGUCGGCUUCGCCAAGAACAGGCCACCGUUGCGGAUCGGUAAAAUUCUGUUGGAAACAGAACGGUUUUCAGCGUCGUCCGUGUUUUGUCAUUCACGAGAUGUUUUGAGUGGAAUUGAACUUGCGCCCCGAUAGAGAACGGCAGUCCCGAAUAAGACUUGAGAAGCCAGAGUGGCGACGGGGAAGUACGGUGGCAUCGUUUUGCAUAACGAGGUUACCAAGUGAUUCGUCGGCGACGCCUUGGAUUGCCUACGGAAUAAGGAAGCCGUUUCUGCCCCCCGAUUGGAAAUACUUUUCCAUCCCUUCCGGUGAUGGGCACGCCUAAGCGCUACUCGCGACGAUCUCGAGGCUGAUCUUCGGCUGUGGCUAAAGUCGCCUUCCACGGUUAUGCUGGUGGCGUCGCUUCGGGUGGCCGCCAGCAAAUGCUGUCAUGCUGUUGCCAUGCCAGCCGGCGGCCAGGAAAAGGCCGCUGGCCACAAGGUCCUUGAGCAGAUCAACGACGGAUUGCCUCGUCCUCAUAGCUCUCUUCGUCCUGAUCGGUUGCGAAGGAUCGCGUGGAGGCUCGCAGAUCCGUUACGCUUCGCGCAACGUGGAGACUAAGAGUGGUCAGAUACGAGGGAUUCUUCAGGAGUUGAACAAUAGACAAUUGGAACCGGUCGAAGUGUUUCGUGGCAUACCGUACGCUGCACCACCCGUAGGGGAUUUACGAUUUCGACCACCGAUCUCGCCGAUACCUUGGAACGGUAUCAAAAUAGCUGAAUCCUUCGGCGCUGUUUGCCCCCAGCACUUUCCGGACGUUACCAAUAACGUGACUGCUCUGUUGCAAAUGACCGAGGACAGGUAUAAACAACUGAAACGACUGCAGAUGCUGCUGACAAAUCAGAGCGAGGACUGCCUCUUUCUCAACAUGUACGUACCUGGAAGCGGAUCUCGCGGUCCCGAAGCUCCCUACGCGGUAAUGGUCUACGUUCACGGUGAAAGCUUCGAAUGGGGAACAGGAAACAUCUACGACGGUACCGUCUUAGCCAGUGCUGGCCACGUUAUAGUGAUCACGCUCAACUAUCGCCUAGGAAUCUUGGGUUUCCUGAGAACCCAUCCGUACCCGGACAGGACGCCAGGAUCCGGCGGAAAUUUGGCCUUAAAGGACAUCGCCAUGGGGUUGCGUUGGGUACGCGAAAACAUCGCCGCUUUCGGUGGCGAUCCAACCAAGAUCACGUUAAUGGGCCACGAUACUGGCGCAGCCUUGGUGAAUUUUCUGCUCCUAACCCCUUAUGGCAAAGGUCUAUUUCAUCGCGUGGUGUUGUCGAGUGGUUCUGCGUUAAGUCCGUGGGCCUCCGUCCACGAUCCGAAUGAUCUUCGCUCGAAGGUGGCGGAACAAACAGGAUGUUCCACAGAAAACGACGAAGAUAUUGCUGACUGUCUACGCGGUGUUCCUCUCGAGGAGCUGAUGGCGGUUAAACUUCCGGAAAUCCGGUUCGUGCCUCGAAUAGGACCCGGCUUACCAGUGGACCAAAAUAAUCCAGAUCCAGGUCUGGAUAUGGAGAGGGCGAGCGACACGUUCAUCAAAGUGCCCCUGAUCCUGGGUGUCUCCACCACGGAGUCUAAUCUCGACUUCAACGCGAACGAUAUCAAGGUUGGCCUCGAGGAGGACCAUAGAAACCGCGUUUUGAGAACGUUCAUCAGGAACGCGUACGUUUACCACUUGAACGAGAUCUUCUCUGCCGUGAGGAACGAGUACACGGACUGGGAUAGGUCCAUCAUUCAUCCUAUCAAUAUAAGGGACUCGACGAUGGAGGCCCUGAGCGACGGCCAUACCGUGGCUCCGCUUAUGAGAAUCGCUUUCUAUCACGCCAGGAGAGGAGCCAAGACCUACUUCUAUCAUUUCAGCCAUCAGACCAAGGAGAGCGGUUAUCCGCAGCGUCUGGGCAGCGUCCGCGGCGAAGAUAUACCCUACAUUUUCGGGCUGCCAUUGGUGGACGGCGGACAUUUCUUUCCACGGAAUUACACUCAAAAGGAUCAAAGUGUCGCCGAAGCAGUCCUCACGUUCUUCACGAAUUUCGCCAAGACCGGCAAUCCAAACGAGCCCCACAAAAUAGAGUCUGUGGAUUAUGGCAUGCCCAAGGAGAAAACGCAGUAUCACGGUCUCACGUGGGAACAAUACGAAACUAGUACUCAGAAGUACCUCACCAUUGCAAUGAAGCCAAAGAUGAAGAACCAUUAUCGCGGUCAUAAGAUGGCAGUUUGGCUCAACUUGAUACCGCAACUCCAUCGGCCAGGCGACGACGACGUCUCGAUGCGACACCAUCACUUCCGCGAAAGGGGCGACCACUUCUAUGCAGGGCCUGUUCGAGACGAGUGGUACACGCCUCUGCCUCUAGUGGGGACGACAAAAACGAGCGCGUCGUCGACAACAGCGUGCAGCACAUCUACCAACGAUGACGCUGUCGCUGAGGACAUCACUCCCAUUCUGGACGACUCGGAUGAUGACGCCGAAUUGUUGCAAAGACUAGCCUCUCGACGCUAUUACAGCACUACUACAGCCCUGGCCAUCACCGUGGGUGUGGGUUGCAUCCUCCUGGUGCUCAAUAUGUUGAUAUUCGCUGGUAUUUACUAUCAAAGAGACCGCGACAAGAAAAGAGCAGCCAUGGACUGCACACCCAACGGACAAGAAUCCCUCCCAAUGACAACCAGGUCUUCCAUAAAAGCACCAGAAAACCCGAGACCAUCCCAGGAACCACCACCGUCUUACACAACCCUCGCGAGGAGUCCCUCUAUCCAAGAGCACCAGCAAAUGCCUCAAUGUCAACCGCUGGACGAGGACGAGCAGCCUAGAAACGAAUUAAAACCUGGCCACGGGACCAGCAAUACCAUCCACAAGGAUCCGAUACCUCCGAAGCCACCUACGAGAACAACCAGUUCGCUCAGCACCAUUGCUGGUACCAAAACCAUCAAGAAACGUGUGCAGAUACAGGAGAUAUCUGUAUAGCAUUAGGGGUUGCCCCAAGAGGGCAACGCGAAAGCUAAAAAAGUGACUUUUGUGGACUUUGAAGGCGCAACUACCGAAUCCAAGUUCUAAGAAAGUGACUAGCGAGAGUGAGGAUCCUUGUUUGAAAUACAACGUCUCGCUUGAAAUAGCAAACAUGUUUGAUUGCAUUGCGAGUAGGUGUGAAUCGAGUCUGGAGCACGGGCAAAGAUCGAACACUUUGGUAUGUCACCAAAAAGAAAACUUUAGUUUGUCGAUAUACGUAGAAGAAGCUAGGCUACGAUAAUGAACCGUUCAAGAUUAUUCUUCUAAAGGUUUUAAAGUGACACCUGUGUAUCUAAGUGAAUCCGUGGAAUGAAUCAGAUGGUAAUUAAUCUAAAUCACUUAUACAAAGUAACUAAUUGCUAUAAUUAAAAACUAUGAUGUGUAAUAAAACUGCCAUCUCGCCGAACAAUGAAAGUGUUCCUCCUUGGCUCGAAACUGACUUUCUAAGAAUUGAUACGUUGCUACGUUGUAAUCGUUGGUGCCAUGUAUCGAAAGUUUUCUCACGAAUGAAAAGUCAGUAUCGUCGUGUCGUGAUGGAAUUAACUUCUAAUUAAAGAAAUUGACUGACUGUAACUAUGUAAAGAUUAUGAGGAUUCGCGAGUGAGCAUUGUAACUUGUCACUCGUCGGACCUAUCGUCGCGACACAAUCAGUGUUCUUUCAAGUGUUCUUCUCGUAGCUGACAUCCAGGAUCGAGUAGGCAUAAAUGGUCACACAAUUAGGAUAACUUCUGGUAUAUAGACUCUGUCGAUAGACUCGUGAAAGAUUCCUACUUCUGUUUGCGUCUUUUCUAUUUCAACUAUUGAAAGUCGUGCACGAAUUUGCACAGAUAAUCAAUUAGGUAAUGUCUACGUUACAUGAAUCGUAGCAAAGAAUCGAGAAUUAUACCCAAGCGUUGCUAUGAAAGUGACUUCUAAACUUACAUGAUAACAAUCCUCACAAUCUACUUUAUUAGUGUUCUGUAAGUAUAUAACGAUCACUUUGAUCUCUCGCCUGAUUUGUCCAGAAUUGGUAAACAAAGUGUACGAGUCGCCCAAAAUCGCUGGAGUAAAUUUAUUUACGAAGAAACGUUCACGAGAAUUAUAUGUAUAAGAACCAUUUGUUUGUCUUUUUAUUGAAAAGUCUUUUCUUUGCGAAAAAUACCGAUUAAAAACAAUGUUGUAUCAUAAGUAUACCAAUAUACACCUCGUUCACACAACGUUUGUGUAAACACUCGUAAGAUAAAAUGGAAAUAGUUGAGUUAUGGUAACGUGUAGAAUACUUCCUAUCGCAAAACCUACACCUUUAUUACAAAUUUACUUUCUUUCACGUACUUAUUAAUAGAUAAUCGUUGAAACAAAGUAUUUUACACGUUACUGUUACUCUACAUGUGUACAUAUAAUCAUCUCUUCGUGUCAUCAAUCCAUUUUCCAUUCGAUCACCUUGUCGACUGAGAAAAAAAAAUGUUAAACCACUUCAUUAAUUUUGCGUUACCUUCUCAUCGUCUUUGUAUUAUCGUUCGCCAAUAAAAUAAAAAGAAAACGUAUACAUAUUUACGCACUCGAUAUCGAUAAGAAUCCAAAAGACCAGCUCGAAAAUGUUUCCGUAGAAAUUUGCGCAGGUGCUUUGUGCAAGCUCAAGGUUAAAAUGACUAAAAAUAGUGUGCGGAUAUCGAAUAUUUAAAGUUUAAACAUGGCUAGCCACUAUUUCGGAAUAAAAAACUUACAUAGCACUUGCGGGAAACGUCGAACGCCUCUGGUCGCGAUAUGUGCUCAAAAUGUAAUCGUAAAAUGGGGAAUGACUUCCUUUAAACUAAUACCUACACGAUUUCCUCUUCGACCAAGUAAUCUAAGGCGAGAUUACGCUCACGUUCACGAGAUUAUCAAUCAUCUUUGUAGAAUUUUUCAAACUGAAUCGAUCGUCACUACGCUCCAAAUCGAAUGUUAACAAAUUUUCAAGAAAAUUGUGCGACAGAGAUCUGAACUUAUAAAAACCGACAUAGAUACCAUUAAAGAGGAAUUUAUUUUUUAUUUGAAAUAUUAUUUCUUCCUUUCAUUAACUUGUAAAGUUUUGACGAUGUAAUACAUAAUUUUAUACUAAUGAAUUUCGACAAAAUCGCAUCGUUUAAUGUUCGUUAAAUAUUCAUGCACGAUAUAAUUGCAACUGUUUUCACGGUUACGAUGCAAUACUGUUCCAGUAAGAAAUUUACGAACUUUCCUUUGUAGGAAAAACAUUAUGAGCUUCAACGGACACGUCGUUUCAAUCGCCCAUGUAAACAAAGUAACGCCUGUUUAAUAUAUUUUAAUAUAUUUAAUCAAUUGUACGCAUUCUCCGAGGCACAUGAAGUAACGAAAGCGUAUCCGUACUAUUAAGGACAUAACGUUGUACUUAGAUAGCAGUAUAAUAUGCACGGUGUCGCGUAAUUGUACUAUCAAUUUCGGUCAUUUUCGAUACACCGUUACAUGAAGAUAAUUCAUCGAGUAUUGUCCGCGAAUGAUUUAAAUUGUCAGUGCGUUGUGAUUGUUGGUUAAUUGUAUGAACGGGAUAUCAAGCACGUAACAGUGAAAUUUAAGUAGUAGAUUAGAUGAACCACUAACUUUGUAAAUUUCACUGUAAAACAAUAAAAUGCUGGUUUCUAAAUA